GUGCUGGUUGGUGCGCGCUGCGCGUCAGUUCAGUUCGUCUCGAACUGCUCGGGCGUGCUCGCUCGGGCUCGGGGGUAGGUGUGUUUGGCAGUUCCGUUAUCGCGCGUACGAGUUCCCGCGGAUAGAGCCUGGCCCGGAUAGUCUCUCCUCUUCCCUGCCUGCGAGCGUGCACGCGCGGGAAGUGGGUCAAUGCUCCUUCCGUGCUAAUCCGCUGGAUUCAGAUGUGCCCUGGAUGGACACAGACUCGGCAGACCGCACAUCCGGAUCUAACAUGACGAUGCGGUAGUGGACAGCUUCGCGGCGGCGGGGUCCUUUUACGGGCAUCUCGGCAAGGUUCGAAUUUGGAGAAGAGAGAUAUAUUUCACGCGGAGAGCGGAGGGGAAGGAGGGGCAAUCUAGAUGCUAGGCCGGAUCGGAGGGGAGUAGAAGAGAGAAAGAGCGAGAGAAAGAUCAACCGGGAAGAGAGGAGGCGAGCGCGAGAUAGGGGUGGCGAGAGGGCGAGAAAGAGAGAGUGAGAGGGAUGGGUGCUGGGAUGGGCAGAAGCGGCACGACCGGCGGUCUGCUCGAGGCACUUCCCACGGGAACUCCUCUCCACGUGGCGAUGCUCGGUCUCGACAGUGCCGGCAAGACGACCGCCCUGUACAGACUCAAAUUCGAUCAGUAUCUCAACACCGUACCGACCAUUGGCUUCAAUUGCGAGCGAAUUCGCGGCGGCAUCGGGAAAGCUAAAGGCGUCAAUUUCCUUGUGUGGGACGUCGGCGGGCAAGAGAAGCUACGGCCGCUGUGGAAAUCGUACACGAGAUGCACCGACGGCAUCAUCUUCGUCGUUGACUCCUGCGACAUCGAGCGGCUCGAAGAGGCGAAGAUGGAGCUCACGAGGACGGCGAGGAGUCCGGACAAUGCGGGUGUGCCGAUCCUAAUUCUCGCCAACAAACAAGACUUGCCUGGUGCGAAAGAAGUCGGCGAGCUGGAGAAGCAUCUGGGAGUGUUGGAACUGGCCGGGAUGCCUGGUAGCUCUUGUAUUCGUGUCCAACCGGCGUGUGCUAUUACGGGCGAAGGACUUCACGAAGGCCUGGACACGCUGUACCAGCUGAUCUUGAAGCGACGCAAGCUGGCGAAACUGAAUCGGAAACGGGCCAGGUAGGCCAGGGCCUCGGAAGACUGCACAUGCGUCUUCUGAUAUUGUCGCUCGCGGACGGCCUCUCCUUUGGCGAUGCUUUCCACAACUUCCACCUCGUCCUCUCUUUCCAAUUGCGCUGGGGACGUAGCGCAUUGACUUGAAGUGGACGGUGAUCAUCGAAGGGUGCGAUCACCUCCCUCUGACUUUCGCUCUCAGCGAGACGCUGUUGGACCCACUUGGAGCUUGCGUCGAUUUUUAGGCGUGUGUUUGUGUGUACGUGUGCGUGUAUGCGUGUACAUAUAUGUAUAUGUCGGUGUAGAGCAUGUGAAAAACGGGGAAUUUUAACGACUACUGUUCCUAUUAGGUUGUUGCAUACAAAUAUUUUUUUAAACUAAAAUUUAAGAUUAUCCAAAGGUAUGCAAUUUUUUAAAUCGAAAUAUGUUAAUCAGAAUACUAUCCGUAUAUCAGUGAUCGUUUUGAUUAUUUGAUUUAUGGCUAAUUGUAAAACGAGACGCGAGAGGAGAUGCUAUUACAGUGCAAAAAGUAAAAAAAAUAUUUACAAGUCUUUUGUCACAAGACCGAUUUGUCAUCUGCAACUGAUUGGCAAGAAUUGAUAAAUAAAUUUACAAGUUUAAAACGAUGCAGAAAAUUUAGUUUCAUGCCAAAUUGAGUUUAUUUUGUAUGCAACAACGUAAUGAUUAAAAUUAUCGUAAAUAUAAACGUGUGACGAUGCUAGUCGACCGAGGGAAAAUCUAUCGUUACGACAAAGGAAACGAGUCGAUGGGAGAAAGUGGUGUAAAUGUAAGUAAAUAAUUGUACAUAAAUCGGGAGAGUUGUAAUGUCACGCUGGCACAAAUUUUAAAUGCGAAGAUGCAUUUUAACACGAGCAACGAAAUUGAUCAACGUCGAAAAAUCUGUGGCAAUAUAAAUCGUCAUAAAUUACUUAGCGAAAUUGAAUGUUAUCAUUGCUGCAAGAGUUAAUUGUUGCCAUAUUUUUUUAAAUACAAAGCAACACGGCAAUAUUUACGCGCGCAUGUAAUCGGACACUGCUUGUUUCGUGAGGUUUUAUACCUUGUAAAGACCUUAUCAUUUAUUAGGCAUAUCGAAUGUAAAGGAGAAGGUUUAUUGUUAAAGGAGCACAAUUGUUACAAAAUUUCAUACAGCUUUGUUAAUUCGAUUUCAUUCUUUAUAGAAUUAGUCCGAAACCAAUGUACGCUUGUGAUUAAUGAGAUUUACGUUGCUCAUUGAAAAGUUGCUACAUGUUUUAUGAAAAAACUUUCGAGUUCCUAAUUGCCUCUGUUAUUUAUUCAUGAUUAUUUAACGCCAAUAAGUUAUUGCUGUUGUCAUGUAUAUACAUGUAUUCUAAAACUAAGAAAUCCUCGAGAAUUAUGGACGCUAAAGUACAUUUCAGUAACGUGUAUAUUCGACAUACAGGCAUAAAAAGAUUCAGAAUGAACCAAUAACUUACUUAUUCGCUAUCUGACGUGAAAUCACUGGUUUCUACUAGAGGAGAUAUACUAUGUACAUACACACAUACAUAUAUAGUAUGCGUGUGUAUGUACAUACGUUAUCUCUAGCAGAAUAUUUUAUAAAAAAAAGUUGCUCGUGUAAAGGAAAAGAAGGUGGUACUCGAAGGUGGAGUGUAUAUCGCAGUCUUCUUACGAGGUUUAUAACGAAGGAAUGCGUGAACUGGCGCUUUGUAGCCAAGCGAUAACUGUCAGGCAUGGUUGUUGUUUUUAUAUCGACUGUCGUUCCAAAUUCUAUUGUACACUGUACUUGCCCCUUGUUGUGUUUUUAUUAUCUCUGAAUAUUUUAUCUCGUGCUUCAAUCGAUCGUUAAAUCGCCUAUUUAUGUAUACAUAUUAUUAAUAGCGCUAGCUAAGUAACCGACGGUGCGUAGCGCGUUAGACUGAAUGCGAUCCUUUCGGAUAUAUACGCACGAGGAAUUUUCAAAUAAAUGUGCUGAUUCCGUUACGUUUUCAA